AUGACGAAGUUGCUUUUAGCUCAGUCACCUAUUCCUUCCUCUCAAGAGCUUGUUUCUUCUCAAGAUAUCCCCAUGUCUCAAGAACGUACAUACAAUCGAAAGUUGGAAAUUAAAAGAUCUUGCAAGGCGGCUGAAUGGGAGUUUAUUAUAAAAGGUGUUGGUCAAGAUUUUUAUGGAGGACGAGAUGAAGCGCGACUUGUUGUUGAGAAAUAUAACCAUUUUUUUGGUCGCAGGGUGAGAGUCGUCAAGAGCAAUCCAGAACGAUAUACGGUGGAAUGUUAUUACAAGGAUAAAUUGGAAUGCGACAGGAUGUUCCAUUCAGAUCCCAAGACUUCCAAUGUGAAGGGUCACUUAUUCCUCAAGGCCUAUAACGGGGAACAUAAAUGUUGUGCUGGUUAUAGUGAUGGAACAAAGGUUGAUCCGGUUACGCGCGAACUUAUCAAGAGUUUGAUAUUCAGUAGAUUGAACAGAAUCCCAACAAGAAAGCCAGGGAUAUUGUUAGAGAACUCAAAAGUGAUUAUGGGUUGGAAAUGGUGGUGUGAAGCCGUGAAGAAACACGAUCCAGGUAGUAGGGAUGAUUUAGUUGUUGAAGGUGGCGAGUUUAAGAGUUUGUUCUUAGUCUUCGAUGCUUGCAUCUCUGGUUUCGAAUAUUGUUGCCCGGUACUGUUCUUGGAUGCAACUUUCCUAACUGGAAAAUUUAGGGGUUGUCUUAUGGCGGCUACCGGGAAGAAUGCGAAUAAUGGAAUAUUUCCUCUGGCAUAUGGUAUCGUAUCAGCUGAAACUGUUGAGAAUUGGCAUUGGUUCUUGAAGAAACUAGAAUCUAUCUUGGGUCCUCGUCAUUUGAAGAAUAAUGUCCGCAGUAAGACCAACAAGAAAAAGGGAGAGCAUUGUGCUGCGAUGGGUUUGUUCAAAGAAUGUUUCUAUUCAUCGACUCAUGAAGGCUUUGAUCAGGGUAUGCAAAAGUUGAAGGAUAUGGGAUGUGAUGGUCUUCACAAAUUCUUGAGUGAGAUUCCAGUGGAAUGUUGGUCCAAUGCACAUUGGCUGGGCUGUCAUUACGGCGACAUGUGUUCAAACAUUGCAGAGUCCUUCAACUCUUGGAUCAAUGAAACAAAAGGUAUGCCUAUUGCAACACUUGUUAACUGGAUCAGACUUAAAAUUAUGGAACAGAUGAGUACAAGGAAGAGGAAGUGGGCGACGUAUAAAGGAUUCAUUUGUCCCAGGCUAGAGAAAAAAGUGUUGGCUUUCAUUCGUGCUGGUGUCCAGUGGAGAAUAACCAAGUCUGGUGACAUGGAGUGGGAAGUUUUUGAUGGAAAGCACACGCAUGCUGUUAAUAUUGCGAGCAUUGCUAGCUUCCGUGCUUCGUAUGAUCGUCCUAUCAAGCCCAUUUCUGAUUACGACAAGCCUAUUGAUGUUGCUAUUGGAGAUCUCGUGAACCCACCAACUGUCGUAGGAAAAAAACAUGGUAGGACGAAGAAGAAGCGGAUUCCUAACACAGGUAGUGCAAGUUUCAAGAGACCAAUUACGUGCGGUAACUGCCAUACUCAGGCACAUCAUAACAAGACGACGUGUCCUCAUCCUCCUGUGAAAAAGAAACGUUAA